AUGAACCGAUUUCAGGGAGACUACGAGAUGACCGCGUACGCGUCGUUACGCACACCUCCCUGCACCGAACCGCGAACAUUUUCACAGGGAGCCUCGUCGUCCGAAGCCCCACCCUUUUUCUUUCUGUUUUUUUCCCAUCCGGUUGUUUCCUUGGUUUUUAUCGUGUUUCCUCAGUUCCAUUGCCAAAUUCUAUUUCUACUCACGAGAACGGAACAUGGAACACGCGCCGAUACGAAGGGUCCGGAAGACCAAAGGGGAGUUGAUGAUUGCUGA